AUAGUAAAAGGUGAAGGGGAGGUAAACGAAGUGCUUUUUGAGGUGUUUAGAUGUGUUCAGAAGUAAACAUGAGUCAUGGCGGAUGAACUACUACCUCUGUUGGGUCAUCAUUUGGAUGCUGUUGAUUCCGAAAGCGGUUAGUGUAUUACAAUGCAAAAAAUUCUUCGGAAGCUCCAUCUAUCAUUGAGAUUUCUACAUCUUGAAGACGAAGACGAAGAGAGCAUUGAUGUAGAUACUGACAAUGAUGAAGACGAGCAGCAGCAACAACAACAACAACAAGCAGCGUCUGGCAGGAGUCGAUCUUCUGCUCGUCCGUUGUUUAAUACAACCUUUGACAAGUCUUUACCCGUUGCACAUUCAUAUUUAGGUGAAGAUCUCGAAGAAGUGCGUGGCCGGACAAUUCACGAUGAUGAAGCUUGUAUAUCUUUGCCCAUCAUCACCCUACCCAGUGUCAUCCUGGUGCCAGGACAGACGAUACCAUUGCAUCUAUUUCAGUCCCACACAGUUGCCAUGAUGAAAAAUCUUCUGGACAAGGACAAAACCUUUGGAGUUAUUACCACAAGUUAUUCUCCAGAUGACGACUCUUCUUCCAUGGCUAGUAUUGGCACCACAGCUGAGAUUUAUUCCAUUAAAGAUGAAACUGAUAAUCAAUCUGGUAUAGCUACUGUCAAAAUGAAGGCUCGAGGACGUCAAAGGUUUCGAGUGAUCGAAUUCCAUCGUCAGACACAUGGAAUCUUGAUGGCCAAGGUGCAUAUAUUACCUGAGAAGAUUCAGUCUGACUAUCUAGAUGGCGCUCGACCACAGAGCCACUACAAGUUCUGUUGUUGCCCCACCCAGCAGGAUUUGGUCGUGAAAACAGCAGUUGACAGAAAUGGUGAAAUCUUGAGAAAAGUCAAUAUGUUGACCAAUAAACAGCUGGACAAAUUCACAUCCUCCUACUUCACACAAUGGCCUCCUUGGGUGUACAAAAUGUAUGACACGGAGAAUCUGAUUCAACGUAUACGCAAAGAACUGUGUAGCUGGAAUGAAAGUCUGAAAACCGAAGUAUCUGGAAUGGAUCCUGUAGAUUUCUCUUAUUGGGUUCUUCAGAAUCUACCCCUGGACGACAGCCGCCGAAUCCAUUUACUUAGCAUUGACAGUGCUGUUCAGAGAUUGCGCUGUGAACUUAGCAUCAUGCAGAAUUGUUCAAUCCUCUGUUGCCGCAAGUGUGACUUGGAAGUGGCAAACAAGAGUGAUGUAUUCAGCAUGUCACUGGAAGGACCGCUGGCAGCGUACGUCAAUCCCGGAGGUCACGUACACGAGACAGUUACUGUACAUAAAGCAAAAGGACUUACUCUCAUUGGACAACCCUCAACUGAAAACAGCUGGUUCCCUGGAUAUGCUUGGACGAUAAUCAAUUGCAGUCAGUGUGGUUCACACAUGGGCUGGCGUUUCACAGCUGCUAAACGCAAACUCUCUCCGCAAAAGUUCUGGGGUCUGUGUCGUGCCUCGCUUAUUCCUGGAAUAAACGACACCGAUGUCUUAGUGUUAUGAAGAACGCUUUGUCUUGUGGGAAAAAAAAAUAAAUAAAGUCAAAAAGAAAAAACUGAAAAACAAAACAAAGCAAUCCUCACUUUACCCCCUCCCUUCUCCAAUGAACAGAAAAUAUAAACUAUCCCACCCCCAUUUACCAAAAAAAAAAAAAGAAAACACUAAAAAGAAAAACAAACACUUAUUCACAAUGUUGCAUUGUCUCUAGGCAAAAGUCUCUUGUCUUUAAUAAAACACUAAUUCUGUCCCAGUUUUAAUGGCCUAACCCUGUAUAUUUUCCAACUAUUAAAGCUAGACUGGCUGCUAUAGAAA